CAUACAUCGCUUUUGAUUCCCAUAAAGCUGGCCACUCCGCUUAUAGUGAAUAACUGUGAAUAGCCAGGUCAUAGAAAAGUUUCAUGUGCCUUUAAGCCGGAAAAAAACCACGAGGAAAAUGGUUAGGUCAGCAUCGGUAGUGGCAACCAUUGCUCUUUUUCUGCUGAUUGCAUCGCAGGGCGCGGAUGCCGACAAAAAACAGAGCAAGAAGUACAGCAAAGAGGCCAACGACCUGCAUUUCCAGCAAGUGAAGCAGGAGAAGUAUGAUCCGGAUUUUAAGAGUAUCCAGCGACCUUUCCGGAUGGCAAAAUUGAAUCUCGUAUGGGCCAAGGCACAGAACCGCUUAACAGAACCCAAGCUUAAGUCGCUAUACAUGGAACUAAAGAUCCAAGAUAAGGAGGAGAUCGCCUGGAAGCAGCUUAAUUCGCAGCACAAGGACAAGGAUGGCCUAAAGGAUGAUGAGCUGCGGCGCAAGCUCAUUGGCAUAAUGAGCAGCUACGAUUUGCUAGAGCAUUUUGACGAUACGCAGAACUCUGAAAAGCUAAAACCUUACAAGAAAUUCCACGACGCCGAGGAUCGCCACAGAAACAAAAGCCUGUUCAAGGAUAAAAAACUUAAUAGGCUAUGGGAAAAGGCAGAAAUUUCUGGAUUUACUGCGGAAGAAUUGAAGUCAUUAAAGCAGGAGUUUGAUCAUCACCAGGACAAGGUUGAUGUGUACUACAGUCUGCUCGAAAAUAUCGGCACUGUCGAUACCGCUAAGCAUGAAAAUGCCAUAAACACGGAAGAUUUGGACACCUACAACCUGAUUUCAAAUGAUGCCAAUGAAAAUGAGAUCAAAACCCAUGCACAGAAUGUAAAAAGCUUUGAAAACGAUCUGAACACACUUCGCAGUCAUCACGUGGGCAUAAAGGAUCACUACGAUAGACUGGAGCGCCUGGUGUCCUCCGGCCCCCACAGUCAGGAUUUCAUAGAGCCAAAGGUACAGGGUCUUUGGCGAGUGGCUCAAUCUAGCAAUUUCACGGAUAAGGAACUGGAGUCCAUCAAGACAGAGUUGCAUCAUUUUGAAAGCCGCUUGUUAAAGCUGCGUCACCUGCAUGCUGAGCAUGCUUUACAUGUGGAGAAGUACAAGGGCGAAAAACACAAGGAUAAGAGUAACCGCUUUGAGGAAAUGGAGGAUCAGCUAAAGAAGCAAACCCGAAAGGUUGAGAAACUGCAGGAAACUAUCGAAAAAACGAUUUUUAAGCACACAGAACUUUAAAAUGUUCAAGCAAUCACUAAACGUGCCAAGCGAAUAAAUUAGAUUUAAGAUUGUGUGAUGCACAAAACCUUUUAAGCUGCUAUUCAGCUUAGAUAUAGUUUUGAUACCAAAUAUCAUUUAUUUGAUAAUAAAUUCUCAUGAAGUUAAACUGAAAAA